UUGGUUUGUUGUCCUUCCCCCGCAACCUCCGAUUAGCACGUUUGGCUACGUACGGCGCGAAAGAAGUUGAAUGCGUUGGGGGGUAGUUUUAUGGGUAGGUGCAAUCGUGUUCUGGUGUGAUCGACGUCGUGUUGACGGUAUUGUUGGUGCAGUAGGUCCAGACAGAGGAUGUAUCCUCCGUCAAGGCAGAGCUCACAGGGAGGGAGGCGCUCACUGCGUCAGAGUGGCCAGCGGGGGGCGUGAGAGGCCGGGCGUGAGAGAGAUGAUGGUUGGCCGGAACCGAAACACGGGCGGAACUAUAUUUCGGGACGUGGGUUUCCGGGCCCGGUCCACCGAAACAGCAGUGGCGGACUGCGGUGGGCUUGGCGAGACGAGGAGGCCCAGGUAGGGACAGCGAGGCGCUCAGGUCCCAAUGGCCAUGGCGGAGGACAACCCGAGGAACUUUCGCUCGCACUACUACAAGAAGGUGGGCUUCCACGGCGUGGACGAGAAGCGCAGCCUGGAGAUCCUCCUCAAGGACGAGCCGCUCGAUCUGGAGAAGCUGUGCACCUUCAGCCAGCGCUUCCCCAUCCCCACCAUCUACCGCAUCCUCAUCUGGAAGGUGCUGCUUGGCGUCCUCCCGCCGCACCAGGCGGCCCACGAGGCCGUGUCCCAGCAGCGUGCGGAGCAGCACCAGGACGUGCUGCACGCGCUGCGCACCAUGCGCCUCACAGGGGACGGCGCGCCCGACACACACACCAUGCUGCGCAUGCUGCAGCUGGAGAACGGCUGCCUCCCUCGCCGCUGUGACCAGCCACCGGAGGAAGAGGAAGGGGACUUUAUUGCCGUGGUGUCGAGCAUGUCUGAAAUCGCGGAGAAUGAAGUGGACGCUUACUGGCUGGCGAAGUGUUUCUUCACUCAAUUUAACAACAAAUACGUAGACUCGCUGCCGCAUCUGCCCAAGAGCCUGGAGCAUUACCUGGGCGUGGAGGACGGACGCUUGCUGCAGCACCUGCGUGGCACCGGGGCGCUGCCGAGGCUGCCGUGUUCCCGAUGGUUCUCCCGCUGCUUUGCCGGGACCCUUCCCAACAAGAGUCUGGAGAGGGUGUGGGACAAGAUCAUGAGUGGCUCCUGCAAGAUUUUAGUUUUCGUCGCCAUGGGAAUCCUCCUCACGUUCAAGAUGACUCUCAUGACGAUGAACAAGGCCGACAGCAUUGUGCAGUUUUUGGAAAAGAUUCCGCAGGAGAACACGGACGCAAUCGUGACCAAGGCCAUUGAGCUUUGGCAGAAGCACACGGGAGCUCCCGUCCACACGUAGCCCUGUAGAACACUUGGGACUACCCCCGCACUCCUGUAGCAAUGCCGGACUGGUGUUGUUUAGCUGGUGGUGAAACCGAACAAUGGACUUCAACCGUCAUAUUAAAAUUGGAUAAAUUCCAGCUGAGAAUUAAAGUAAACAACAUCGGUUUGACUAUCAUGUGAAAAACAUAGUGGUAGAGUGAUUGGGAAAGUUCUCAGCUCUACCGUGUGGACCGGAGGACACUUGAAGGAAUUUCAAAACAUCCACUUCUUCAGGCCGUUCUUGAAAAUGAAAGGUUGCACUUCACUGCGAGAGAUCCAAUGAAUACUUUGCCUUGUGAAUUAACACUGAGAGCACGAUCGUUAUAAAAAAAAUUGUUCAAAAAAAAUUGGCAUCUUAUAGAGAAGCUGUAGCUGGUAAUUAAUUUAGAGGUCAUGGAACUCCAUGCCGUCUAAUUAACUUUUCUGGUCGUGCAGCAACAGCAGUAAAAAGUUACAGUGGUAGAGGAGGACAUGAGAAUGACACAUUUCCUGGUCAACACAAAGGUGAAGAAGGGGCAUCAUCAGUUGUCGUCGCAGCCAGAGCUAAUGCAUUCAUGGUUUCAUGAAUGGGACAUCGGUGACCAGUGGGUGUCACUAUUGUGCAGACAAGAUGCUCGAAUAAGUCUAUUUGGAACUAAUAAUGCAUUAAUCUUCUAUGUGGGAAGUAAAUAAGAAUCCAGGUCAGGUCCUUCAAGCGUUUCGCUUGAGAAAACAAUGGGCCACAAUUCGGAGGGAAACAAAACUACAUGUAGUUUCACGGCUUGAGGAUUUAUUAUUUCCCGUUUGAGGGAGGCGAGGAGGACGUUUUUGAGCGGACGCAGAAUGGGAUAAUUACAGACGCCGGGACUCGCCCAUGGGUGCCAACCUGGAAAGCAGUGGCGCCGUCACGGCCAAAUCGCAGACACCUCCUGCCAGAAUGAUGCUCCGUCGCGUUUGAGCUGAGCGAGGGGGGGGUCUGUACUUAAUGGGUUUGUUUUCAGAGAAGCCAAAAUUGUGCCUCGGGUUGUUGAAACUUGUCUUCAGGUCGAGAUGAAUUUCGAGGCUGCCCCUUAAUGCGCCCUUCCAGACACCGUCAUCCGCUCAGAAUCCGCUGGGGGAUCAACGCAAGCCGCCAACUGCACCGCCAGACACUGCCGCAAGCCCCAUCCUGCAAGCCUAGACAGAUGCCAGAGCUGGCUCAUCAGCACGUCAUUUACAGAUACCGCGAUUAAGAAUCCGUUCUUGCGUAACGCUAGCCCUUUUUUUACUCACGAAGGGAGAAUAAACCCCGUUGGUUUGAACCGAUCCGAUGAAACCGUUUGCGUAAAAACCAGAUUAACAGUUUCUCAAAACGAUGAGUUUUCGUUGUUUGCCUACGAUGUCCGACGUCUGCAACAAUUCGGUCAAAGCAGGCCGAGUUUUAAACGGCGUUUACAUAGUCGUGUAAAAACAAGGGGGGGGGGGGGGGACGGCAAUUAAAGUUACCAGUGGA